AUGUCGACUAAGGACAUUGAGAAACCACCCAGUGUCGAGCGGAUCGAAGAUAUCGAUAAGUCUGGGAUUAAUGAUGUGGACUACGAUGAGGAGUUUACGCCUGCAGAGCAGCGCAAGAUCAUUCAUCGGGUUGAUCGUCGGUUGGUGACUAUGGCUGGGUUGGCGUAUUGCAUUUCGCUUAUGGAUAGGACGAAUCUUAGUAUGGCGGCGGUUGCUGGUAUGACGAAGGACUUGCAGCUUGGAGUUGGGACUCGCUAUGUGAGUUCUACUCUAUUAUUUGAGGAUGCAUAUUCUGACGAGGUCUAG